UAGCUUUGCAAUUUCAUAUAUUUCGCUGUCUUUAACCAUUUUUUCUGAUCCCAAAUUGUUUUCUUUACACAUAGGGUUUGGGUUUCUCUCCUUCCAUUCCACCAUUUUCUCCUCUCCCUCAUUCCCAAUUUCAAUUCCAAUUCACCAUUUUUUUUUCUUCUCCGAUUCGUUUCUAGGGUACAAUUUCAUCAAUUCUCGAUUGAAUUUUCAAAUUAGGGUUUCGCGUUUUACUCCAAAGGUCGUCCAUUGUUGCUGCAAUUUCAGGCUUUUGGAGCUUCUGGGUCAAAAGGGUUCUUCCAUUUCUGUCAUUUUCCAUCAAAAACCAAUCAACAAAAAAAUAAAAAUAGAAAAAGGUCAACGAAUUAUUGGUGGUGAGUUGUGGGCUGAGCCUACAACCUUCGUUAGAAACUGGAGCUAUCACAAUGUUGGGUGUCAAUCGUUGUUGUUUCAAUUUCUCUAGUGGUUUUCUCCAUCUAGCUGAAUGGCACCCCUUAGAAUAGCCAUGUUUUAUUGGGCUUGAAGCCCUUCCUUUUCCUUUAAGGGUCAGAAGAAAAGUUAGUUGUUAGGAAGAUAUUUGAUUUGGCCAUUUGGGGUGAGUGAGUUAGGUUGAUGCUGUGAUGGCAGAUUAUAGGAGUUUUUCAUUUACGAAAAUGAUUGGCUGCUGGAGUUGCUUUGGGUUGAUAAAAAAACAACCGAGACGUGGACGCACUAAACGCGGCAUCAAAAAUUUUCUCUCCCAAGGGCUUUUGACGGAUGGAGAAACUGAGUAUGAUGAGGUGUCUUAUAGUGGUGACUAUACUAGUAAUACAACCAGUGGAGAUGAUAGUGAGCCGCAAAAUUUACGGAAUCGUUCCGAGGAAAUUUUGAACUUUAGAGCGGAGAAUGGCAUGAUUUGUAGGCCUUUUCCUGUUAAGGAGACUGUCAAGCUUGUUCGAUCAGAGGAUGAAAACGGGAACAAGAUGUUAAAUGAGUAUAUUCGAGAGUAUAAGAUUGGUUCUGGUAGCUAUGGCAAAGUGGCUCUUUAUCAAAGUAGCAUUGAUGGACAGCAUUAUGCUAUUAAGUCUUUUCAUAAGUCUCACUUACGGAAGCUUCGAGUUGCUCCAUCCGAGACUGCCAUGACUGAUGUACUACGCGAGGUACUAAUCAUGAAAAUGCUAGAACAUCCUAAUAUAGUCAAUCUCAUUGAGGUGAUUGAUGACCCAGAGUCGGAUGACUUCUACAUGGUACUUGAAUAUGUGGAAGGCAAAUGGGUUUGUGAGGGUUCUGGUCGACAAUGUGCCAUAGGUGAAGAAACCGCUAGGAAAUACAUGCGCGAUAUAGUCUCGGGCUUAACAUAUCUUCAUGCUCAUAAUAUUGUGCACGGAGAUAUAAAACCUGAUAAUCUGUUGAUUACUCGCAAUGGGACUGUAAAGAUAGGGGAUUUCAGUGUUAGCCAGGCUUUUGAGAAUGGUAACGAUGAACUUCGUCGAUCACCUGGCACUCCUGUUUUCACUGCACCAGAAUGUUGUUUAGGUCUUACUUAUCAUGGUAAAUUGUCAGACACGUGGGCAGUAGGAGUUACUUUAUACUGUAUGAUAUUGGGUGAAUACCCAUUCCUCGGAGAUACGCUUCAAGAUACAUACGACAGAAUAGUCAAUAAUCCUAUAGAAAUCCCGGAUGACAUAAACCCGCAGUUAAAGAACUUAAUAGAAGGAUUGCUUUGCAAAGAUCCAGAACAAAGAAUGACGUUAGCUGAAGUUGCCGAGCAUGUCUGGGUUAUUGGAAAUGAUGGGCCACUUGGCGAGUACUCGUGUUGGUGCAAACGCAAGAGUAUGGUGAGUGAAGAUUUCUAGGAGAGAAAUGUGCAAUGAUUGAUCCACACUCACUAAAUUAUUUAUUUUAAGUUGAUUUCUCAAUGUACAGUGGCAAAGCCCAUUAAUCUUAUUUCUUUUUUAUAUCCCAUUUGACUCUAAGUUGGUAUGUUAUGAUUAUUAGAGUCUCAAAAGAAUCCUCAGAAUUAAAGAAAAUAAGGUUCAUAUUUCUGUCUUUUGUUUGUGUUAUGAAUCAUUUGGAAAUUGGUGUUUAGGGAGAUGGUAGUUAAUAGGUUAUGUCUCAGAUAUUCAUUUGGAAAUAAGGUUCAUGUUUUUUUUUUUUUUUGGGAUGAACUCUGAUUUUCAUGGCUGGUAGAUUAAUCCUCUACAAUAGAGGAGUCUUGUCCUCUUGCAUAUAA